AUACAAAAUUGUCACGCUUCUCAACAAAGCUACUGAUAAUGCCCAAAUCAACAUCUUCACCCAAAUCAUUUCCAGCGAAGGUAAAGCCUCAGUUAAGUUUCUGCUACGUAAGCAGCCCGCUGAUCUGGGGAAGGAGUGACCAGGCUCCCCCCGCCCCCGCCCGGCCGCUCCUCGGGGACAGCCGGACCCUCCAGAUGGCGCGCGGUUAGCGGGGGACGGGGCCGCGGCCUCCCCCGGACCGGGCGGUAACAUCGGGCUUCGCGGCGCGCCGCCCCUCCCCCUGGGUUCCCAGGGCGGGAAGGUGCCGAGCGGGAAGCCGAGGGACGCCCGCCCACCUGCCACCACCUGUUCCCUCCUUGGCCCGCGGCUUUAAAUUCUCCUCCAUCCAAGAUGCAGACCGCGCUCUGCUCUCGGGCAGCCCCUGCGCUCUUUCCCAAGCCGAGCAGCGGAAAAGAUUUCGUCUUCCCGGCAGGCGGGUUCGGGCUUUCCCAGAGGACCGCGCAGGCCCGCGACCCAGCCACAGCGAACUCUGCGGCCGCCAGAAGGCUUCCUUCUGCCUUUACAGCUUCACGCUGGGAAAAUGACUGUUUCCUGAUCACCUCCAGGUCCCUUCAUUUUGGCAAAGGAAGCGACAUCAGCCCGGUCACCCGGCGGGAAAGCAGGCCAACCCCGCACUCCCCUCUAUAGACCGAUCGCACGUGAGUCGCUGGGCUCGCGACCGCACGCUGAGAACCCCGCCCCUCGCGGCUCCAGGCCCGGCAUGAAGUCCUGCAAGCCUUGCGGACCCGCUGGAGCGCGCGCUGCGGCCCCGUGCGCAGCCGGUGCCCAGUGCGCAGGCGCGUGCGCCGGGGCCGGCCGAAUGGAGAGUGCUGCGCGCAGGCGCCUGGCGGCCAACGCGCGCGAGCGUCGUCGCAUGCAGGGGCUCAACACGGCCUUCGACCGCCUCCGCAGGGUGGUGCCCCAGUGGGGCCAGGAUAAAAAGCUGUCCAAGUAUGAGACGCUGCAGAUGGCCCUGAGCUACAUCAUGGCCCUGACCCGCAUCCUGGCCGAGGCCGAGCGCUUCGGCUCGGAGCGGGACUGGGUCGGCCUGCCCUGCGAGCACUUCGGCCGCGACCCCUACCUGCCCUUCGCAGGCGUCAAGCUGCCAGCCGAGAGCGAGCCCUGCGGCCCGCGGCUCUUUGGCUUCCAGCCCGAGCCCUUCCAGAUGCCCAGCUAGGGCCGCAGGGGCUGUGAAUAACAGGAGACGUCCAGGCUGCUUUUCACUCGUGUUCUCAGAACUGUGAAUGCAGUAAUUUUUUUUUUUUUUUUUUUGCGUUUCUACCACUUCUUAUUCUGUUUUGUAGAUUUCACUAAUGACUUGAGUGACUUUGGUGGUUGUGAGAAUAAUGUCUCAUUCCCAUUUUCUGGAGUACUCUAAAGGAAAACAAGCUUCAGGGAAAACAAAAAAACCCAAGAUUAGGUUCUACUGCAGUUUCAGUCCUCAAGAGAAAUAAUCAUCUUAAACUUUGCAAGCUUAUGCUGUUCUGGUGAAGUUAUUUGAGGCAUUGCUUGUGGAUGCUUGAAACAGACACCGUCCCGUUCUUAUAUGCAUUUAUACUUAGCAUUUUGCGAGUGCAUGCAUUAAAGGCAGAUUUCCUUUUCCCCUAGCAUACAUGGGCAUGAAUGCUCUGUAUUUUUGAAACUGUAUACAUGUUAUUAAAAUAGAGAUUUUGUAAAAUGUAAACAAUGUGGGUUUGUUUUUCAUGCCAGGUCCUGCCUGUUUGUUGAUGGAACUGAAGGCCAAAGAUUCGGAAUGAUUAAAUCUUAUCAAUUGGUAAA